CGCGGCCCGGAUAUACGACGGUGCUGGCGAGGAUACUAACAAUCAACCCAGGUAAUCCAGAGAACUAAUGCCCGGCCCUAGCGGCUCAUAUCUGGAGGAUUUGUGGAACAAACAAGAUCCCACGGCGGAGGUUCCCAGGUCGUCACGAGUGUCACAGAGGUGUCUAUUUCUGGUGAAUCUCUCAUGCAGCCUGCCAGCCCGGCGCAUGACACUGAAUGGACAAUCUUCGAACCUCGACUCAUGCGAGCUGUUACCUCUUGAAUCGACCUCGUAGAACAAAGAAACAUGAGAGGCUCGCUUCGUUUAAGACAUAUGAGAUCGAGAAACAGGCUGUUUCCAGCUCGCUUGGAUCCUUCCUGGUGGUCUGACCCUGGCAAGUGGGAGUUUUUGGAUAAUUGUCCGUCAAUCAUGCUGCCCCUUUGGGACGGACUGUCUCUCCAUAUCCCAAGCUCUCUCGCCAAUGGAGGUACGCCAUCCAAGGUCCGGUAUCCAGCGGCCGGCACUCACUACCCGCAUCGACGGAUACAGAGCCUCCUGAGUCCAAUAGUGAAGCCAUCAAGCCUUGAACAAGUUCAACAAAAAGAGGGGUCCCUAAUUGGCAUCUUGCCGGGGUUGAAUGCAGCCACCGACCCGCGCUGCAGAAUGGGCGAUCCAUGUGCAAGUCCGGCAGGGGGCGAAGCUUAUGCCUGGUUCCUCGGCCAUGUCUUACCACGGCUUCGUCCAUUCAAUCUCUCUGAACUCGGAAAAGCUUUCUCAGCCUCUGGAGCAGAACUGUGGCUGGUGUCCAUGGCCUGGCUGGAGUUGGGCUUGCCGAGACAUGACUAUGUGGUUCUCCCGACCGGCACACCGUGGCUUGCGAGGCGGCGAAACCUCGUCCGCCCGACCAGGAAGGCGUCGUAGGCUGGAUCCUCUUCCUGGAGCCAUGUCGCAAUUGACGGCGGGAAGGACAUGCGGCCAAGGGGGCCUCCUGUCAGACCCCAAAGCCUAAUGCACCAUGUCCAUUCCUUUUCUCAGCUCAACUCCAUGGGCUUGCUUUCUGGCAUACAGACCGAUGUGGAUCUG